CGGCUGCUUGGUUCCAUGGACAGGAAGCAGAAAAUGGUGAGCAGAAGUGAAAACGACGACGUUUUGAAGAUCUCACGUGAGGCUGAUGAAGCAGAGCUCAUGCUACAAGGCCAAGCAAAUAUAUGGCGUCACAUGUUGGCCUUUGCAGAUUCCAUGGCGCUGAAAUGUGCUGUGGAGCUCCGCAUAGCCGAUAUCAUACACUCUCACGCCCGCCCAAUCACCUUGUCCCAAAUCGCUACCUGUAUCGACUCACCGUCUCCGGAUAUCACCUGCCUCGCCCGCAUCAUGAGAUUCCUGGUCCGCGCCAAGAUCUUCACCGCCGCUCCUCCUCCUCAGUCAGAUGGCGGAGAAACUCUCUACGGCCUCACCCCCUCCUCCAAAUGGCUCCUCCACGACGCCGAGCUGAGCCUCGCGCCGAUGGUGCUCAUGGAGAACCACCCCUUUCUCAUGGCUCCCUGGCACUGCUUCGGGACGUGCGUCAAAGAAGGUGGCAUAGCCUUCGAGAAGGCUCACGGCCGCCAGAUUUGGGACUUCGCAUCGGAAAAUCCCGAAUUCAACAAGCUCUUCAAUGACGGUAUGGCGUGUACGGCUAAGGACGUCAUGGGGGAGGUGGUAGCAGCGUAUAAAGAUGGGUUCGGCAGCAUUAGAACACUGGUGGACGUGGGAGGUGGCACCGGAGGGGCGGUGGCGGAGGUGGUGAAGGCGUAUCCGCACAUCAAGGGCAUUAACUUCGACCUCCCACAUGUGGUGGCCUCAGCGCCGGCGUACGAAGGAGUGUCCCACGUCGGGGGCGACAUGUUCGAGUCCAUCCCUAACGCUGAUGCGAUCUUCAUGAAGUGGAUAAUGCACGAUUGGAGUGACGAAGACUGCAUAAAAAUCUUAAAAAACUGUCGGAAAGCAGUACCGGAGAAAACAGGGAAAAUUAUUAUCGUCGAUGGAGUGAUACGAGAAGAUAGCGAUGACCCAUUUGAUAAAACAAGGUUGGUGUUCGAUUUACUGAUGAUGGCGCAUAGCUCCAACGGGAAAGAGAGAAGCGAGGUCGAAUGGAAGAAAGUAUUAGAGGAAGGAGGAUUUCCUCGUUACAGAAUCAUGGAAAUUUCGAUCUCGACUUUACCGAUGAUAAUUGAGGCAUAUCCAGAGUAAUCAUCUCAUGCUAGUCAGGUCAUGUUCAUUCUGUAUUUGGAUUGUAGUGUAUGUCAUGGUACCCAAAAUCAUUUCCAUAUAUCACUUUUCGGCACCGACUGGUCACUUCUUGGUA